AUGUUCAUACAUUCAUUAAGUCGUUGUCUUAGAACUUCUAGUAACAGCUGUCUUUCAAUAGAAAUUAAACGAGCAUUAUCGAAUGGUUCAUUUGUUCGACAAUUAUUUGAACAGACUACAUCAACUUAUACAUAUAUAAUAGGUGAUGCGAAAAGUCGAAAUGCUUUGAUUAUUGAUCCAGUUAUUACUACUGUCGCACGAGAUGUGCAAAUUAUCAAACAACUCGGUUUACAUUUACGAUAUGCAAUUAACACACAUGUUCAUGCUGAUCAUAUUACUGGAAGUGGUCGCUUGAAAACAUUAAUACCUGAAUGUCGAAGUGUUAUAAGUAAAUCUAGUGGUGCUAAAGCGGAUAUAUAUAUUGAAAAUGGUGAUGAAAUUGUCAUAGGAGAUAAAAAUCAAGGUUUAAUACUUGAAUGUCGAUCAACACCUGGACAUACAAAUGGUUGUAUGAGUUUUGUUUGGCAUAAUGGUAGUAGUGUAUUUACCGGUGAUUGUCUUUUAAUACGUGGUUGUGGACGAACUGAUUUUCAGCAAGGUAGUGCAGAUACAUUAUAUACAUCCAUUCAUCAACAUAUAUUUACAUUACCUGAUCAUUUUACUGUUUAUCCUGGACAUGAUUAUACCGGUCAAACAACAUCAACAGUUGGUGAAGAAAAACGUCAUAAUACUCGUUUAACAAAAUCUCGUCAAGAUUUUACUCAGUUUAUGAAAGAACUUAAACUUAGUUAUCCACUUCAAAUAGAUAAAGCUGUUCCUGCUAAUAUGAUUUGUGGUGUAUUACCAGAAUCAUAA